GUUUGUCACUAAACCACGAGUAUUCCAUGUGGCCUGUGUAGCCCUGCAGCCAAGCGAUUCAAUUGGUCCAGCCGCUACUGAUGGAGUUCACGUGAUUGUGUUGUUACGCCAGGCUCGAGAUGUUACCCAAGUAUGACUGGCUAUACGUGCUGUGUCAGUCAAAAGCGUAGUGUACAACCUAUACAUGCUAGUGUGCGUACAAAUUAAGCCCUUAGUCACUGUAGGCGACAGUGACAACAUUGUAAGUGCUCUGGUCAAAACUAUUUAUGUUAAUGUAUGUGAACAAGCACGCUAUUACAAACUGGUUGUAUAGCUGGAAUAAAAACAGUCACACACUACCGACGUGCAGAGAAGGGCAAGGACGCCCCUACUGAGUUUGGUUGUGUCCUGAGCUUGAUAUAUUUGCCAUCAUGUUUCGUGCCACCACUGCAUCCCUGUGUGCCUAUUGCCAUCGGCUACGCCUCCUGCCUUCCCCCGGUGCUUACCCCAACAGCACACUUGUCAGCAAUCUACCCAACGGCACACUUGUCAGCAAUCUGACAGAGAACCAGCACACCGUCGACUCUCUCUACGACCUGUCAGUGGACAUCCGCAAGGUGCGCAAGUUCAAGGGCUGGGUUCUGUUCGAGAGCCCCACCUAUGUGCGUGAGACGGCCAGCCUGCUGCGCGACAUGGGGGCGGACACGGCCUGCGUGGCCCGCGUGCUGGAGACCCACCCCGAGGCCAUCCUGUGCCAGCCGGCGGACGUGGUCGCCCAGCGGGACCUGUGGGCCUCCGUGUGCCCCAACCAGCGGGAGCUGGUGGGCAUCAUCGAGAAGUUCCCGGCCUCCUUCUUCUCGGUGACGCACUACGCCAACCAGCGCGCCAACAUCCGCUACCUGCAGAGCCUGCGCCUCAGCAAGCGCAUCAUCGGCAAGCUCAUCGCCAGCGCGCCACAGACCUUCAGCCGGCCCGUCGGGUGCAACCAAGAGGUCAUCCACACGCUGCGUGAGACCUACCUGGACCUGGGCGGCGACGAGGGCAACCUGCGCGUGUGGCUCCAGAAGCUGCUCAGCCAGAACCCCUUCAUCAUGCUGCGCCCGGCCGACGCCUGGCGCGACAGCCUGGGCUUCCUGCACGACCGCGGCUUCACCACGGAGCAGCUGCUGCAGCUGGUGUCCAGCCUGCGUGCCUGCAUCUCGGAGCUCGACCCCGCCGCCAUGCAGCAGGCCAUGGACUACACGCAGGGGGCGCUGGAGUGCUCCGACGACGAGCUGCGGGACACCCUGCUGCGCUGCCCCGCGCUGCUUUACUACUCCGUGCCCGUGCUGGCCGGGCGCUUCAGCGCGCUCCUGGACGCGGGUCUGUCGACGGAGCAGGUGCGAGAGACGCCCAACGUGCUGGAGCUCACCACGCAGAUCGUGAUGUAUCGCAUCGGCAAGCUGGCUUCGUACGGCUACGAUGUGCGCUUCGGGAGCCUGGACGUCAUCGUCGGGACGAAGAAGGACUUUGAGGAGAGCCACGGCCGGCUGAAGCUACGCACGGAGCGGCCCCUCUUCAACCCAGUGGCCCCACUAAGGUCCUCUGAGGAGUGAUGAGUCUCAGUGCUGUGGGGAUCGGCUGACUUCUCUUUCCAUGAUAAACUGUGGGGUUAAUCCAGGAUGAUGAGACCAGACUGGAGAUAAAAUGACCGGACACAAGAGUUUAUCAUUAUUACAUGAACAGUAAAAACGUGUUCAGAUCACUACUGUAAACCUGAAAUGUUGAUUAAGUUUAUUAAGGUUAAGGUACGGUAUUUAGCAAACGCUUUUAUCGACUAACAAAAUGUCAACAGUUAGACGGUUAAGGGGCUUAUUUGUGGCAGUGUACUGUGAAAUGUAAGUUGGGUAAGAGGGUAAUAUAAUGUUGCGUGGUAGUGAGUUAAUUAACGAGUGUUAAGUUAAUUAUGACAUGGAUCUUAUAUUAGUUAAGAUCAGCAGAAGCAUCAAAAUACCACCCACCCUUAUAUAUGCAGUACCAAACUUGUAGGAAUUCUUGAAGUUUGAAAUAUUAGUCUGGAAGGCUGGAGUCUCUCAGACUUCUGAGUGGUUGAGUGCUUGUGCGCUUCCCAAAUGUACACAACACUGGGGCAGUUUUUUGUAAACACUGACGUGGGAAAAGAGCUGUGAAAUACAUAUGAAUAAAUCUGAAUUGUUUGUUUA